GUGGUGCCUGUCAUGGCCGCCUCCGUAACCCGAGGUGGCGCAAAUGCCGGGUUCUUGCUACGGGUGGCCAAGGGUCCCUGGUGGAGCCGAUUCGGGGGAUUUUGGGGAUCCGGGGAGGCUGCGGUGCCAGCGACAGCCAGAAAAUUCUGGGUGACAGGCUCGUUUUCAGCCGGGGAGGAAGAAGCCAGCGGCCCCGAGCGGCCCGGGGAUGUGGUGAACGUGGUGUUCGUAGACCGGUCAGGCCAACGGAUUCCUGUGAGAGGCAGAGUCGGGGACAAUGUUCUCCACCUGGCCCAGCGCCAUGGGGUGGAUCUGGAAGGGGCCUGUGAAGCUUCCCUGGCAUGCUCUACCUGCCACGUGUACGUGAGCGAGGACCACCUGGACCUUCUGCCUUCCCCUGAUGAGAGGGAGGAUGACAUGCUGGACAUGGCCCCCCUCCUCCAGGAGAACUCCCGGCUGGGCUGCCAGAUCACGCUGACACCCGAGCUGGAAGGGGCUGAAUUCACCCUGCCCAAGAUCACCAGGAACUUCUAUGUGGACGGCCACGUCCCCAAGCCACACUGACAUGGGCAGCUAGACCAUCCUAGAUACCCAUGGACCCCUGGGCCAGGAUUGGAGGAAAAGCCAAAGUUGCCAGCCCAGCCCAGAGCACGGACAGGCCAGAGAGACGUGCUGGAAGCACCCAGGAGGCCAAAUGUUUCAGAGAGACCCCAUGUCCAGGCUCUGGUGGGAACAGGGCCCCUGCUGGGGCCGCUCUCCAAGCCCUUAAGAAUCUGAGUGUGGAUGGAGUUGGAAUCUAAUUAGUGACAAUAAAACGAUCUUACAGAA